GCCGAUACAUUGUGGGAAAUGCAAUCCCUUUGCGCCGUUGCCAGGGGCGAGACGUCAAACAUGGCGGCGCUGCUGUAAUUCGCUUUUUUAGCGGCGCAGUCGGGAACGUUCAACUUGUCACGCCUUACCCGAGAUGUUCUAGCGUCGCCGGGAGCGCGGGGUAGGCUUCGCGAGUCGCCGCAAGCCAAGCAGACGUGCGUGAACCGGUGCGGCCAAGGCGUACCCACAGUUAACGGUUGUCGGAUAGAUUUCUUAACCCAGGCAGGGGCGACCUCGGCCGCAGGGAAAAGAAGGCCGCAAGAGAGUCGGUCUUCGGACUCUUGAGCUUCACUGACGAGUUCAAGGAAAGGAAGACGACGAGGAGGCGCCAUGGCUGAUGAAAACGAGCUCAUCAGCUCAGCGGAGAUCAUUAAAGUGUGUGCGUGCGUGUGCGCGCGCGAGCAGACCGCCUGUACUUCAGCACGCUGCGUAGUAAGCCGCGCAGCACGGCGAACACACACUACUUCAGCACGGACGAUGAGCUGGUCUACGAGAACUUUUAUGCAGAUUUUGGGCCCUUGAACCUGGCCAUGCUAUAUCGCUUCUGCUGCAAGCUCAAUAAGAAACUCAAGUCCUUCUCUCUGGCACGCAAGAGGAUCGUGUACUAUACGGGGCCCGACCAACGUAAACGAGCCAAUGCUGCUUUCCUCAUCGGCUCUUACGCAGUUAUCUACUUGAAGAGGACAGCUGAGGAGGCAUACCGCCCUCUAGUGGCUGGUAACACACCCCCUUACCUGCCCUUCAGAGAUGCUUCAUUCGGACCGUGCAGCUUCAACCUGACCCUCGUUGACUGUCUGCAGGGGGUCAGCAAGGCACUGCAGACUGGCUUCCUGGACUGUACGCGUUUUGACUUAGAAGAGUAUGAGCAUUACGAGCACGUUGAGAAUGGAGAUUUUAACUGGAUCGUACCCGAGCGGUUCCUGGCAUUCAGCGGUCCCCACCCAAAAAGCAAAGUGGAAAACGGCUACCCGCUACAUUCCCCAGAGUCCUACAUCCCGUACUUCCGUAAGAACGGCGUCACCACCGUCAUCCGGCUCAACAAGAAGAUCUACGACGCGCGGCGCUUCACGGACGCGGGGCUGGCGCACCACGACCUGUUCUUCCCGGACGGCAGCUCCCCGAGUCCCGAUAUCGUGCGCAAGUUCUGUGAAAUCUGCGAGGGCACACGGGGCGCCGUCGCCGUGCACUGCAAGGCGGGGCUGGGCCGCACAGGCACGCUCAUCGCGUGCUACCUCAUGAAGCACCACCGCCUCACCGCUGCCGAGGCCGUUGCUUGGAUCCGCAUAUGUCGGCCGGGCUCCAUCAUCGGGCCCCAGCAGCACUUUCUGCUCGAGAGGCAAUCCGGCCUAUGGGCUCAGGGGGAGGCGUUCCGUGCCAAGCAGCAGCGUGUGGGCUCGGGCCCCACGGGGCGCGAUGGUACGGCACUGGGCGUGUCGCGGAUCCUGGCGCGUGUCGAUGACAUCAGUCUGCGCGACCCGCUCGGCCCCAUCUCCCCCUCGUCAUCAUCGCCAUCACUGCACGCCACGCAGAUCGAAGACUAUGAGGAGCAGGUGGAGGGCAUGGGCCGUAGUGGCCCCACACAGGGAGACAAACUUCGCGCUCUUAAAAACCGGCGACACACUCGGCAUGCCGCCACCACCGGCCCCACCGCCACCAGCAGCAGCAGCAGCGCUGGCAGUGGCAGCAGCAAGCAGCGGGCCGUCACCACACGGCACUCGGCAAGCCUUGCUCACCAGCGGAAACUUGAGGCAGGGAGAGACACGCAUGAACACGCGCUCCUCUUCCCAACAGCUGAGGACGGCGACGGUGCAGGGUGCUGCCGCCGCUUCCACAUCAUCAUCAUCACUGUCGCCGUCGUCUCCGGUGAAAUCGGCAAAGUCUCCAGCAUCGUUGGGCGUCCAGAGCAGUGCCCGUGUCACCCGGCACUCCACCGGGGGAGGGGGCCACCCCGCCCUCAAGAGCAGAGGCCGGCAACGGAGGAGGGAGCGAUGUGGGAGGCAGCUGCCCCCGGUCAGCCAUGCGCCGUCUCUACAGGCAUCACGGAGCCAGUACUAACGACCCCUGAACUCCCAAGAUGCUUUGCGGUGGAAGGGGCUACAGUUGGGCCUGGGGUGCAUGCGAAGUGACUUCAUCGCAUACUCCGCCAGCAACUCUCGUACACGUGUGUGUGUGUACCCAUGCGUGUACACAUACCCAAUGUGUGUAUAUGAUACAUAUCUGUGGACAAUACAAAGCUUUGUAUAUGUACAUACGUGUUUAUACUUGCAUCUGUACACGUGUGCUUGCAUACACACCUCUUUGAUGUAUGUGUACGGUACGUAUCGAUGUAUAGUACAUAUGUCCCAGUGUGUACGUACGUAUAUGUAUCUAUGUACGUACUAGGGUUGUUAAGAUAUUUUUUUACUUUACAGGUAAUCGCAUGAAAUAAAAUGGUUACCGGUUUGCGGCACAGAAAUGUCUAGAGUUAAGGACACAAAUGUGUUUAGUUUUUUAACCCUUUCCCAUUCUGAGAUGUCUGCAAGUUGCAGGGUGGGUCCUGUUCACCGCUAAAUCUCGGAACAUGCAAGUGGUUCAACGUUCAUUUUAUUUAAAGAGGCAUAGCACCGUUGUUUUUAAAGUCAUUGUGCUCUCCGCAGAGAGAACUGUAGUGACAUGACCUCACUGUAAUAUAGCUAACGCCAAACUCUGCCACACCUUCUCCCACAUGAUCUUGUGGGAGCCUCGAUAUGACAAAAUUAUUUUAUUAUACGUGUAUGUCACGGAAGCAAAACUGAUUACUUACACCUACGUCAUUAGAAUGGGAAAGGGUUAAUUGAGAAAUGAAGGCAGCUUCCACAGGGAUGGUGUAGCAGUCAGCACACUGGACUUGCAAUGCAAAGAUCGCCAGUUAAAUUCCAUCUCGUGGCACGGCAGUUGAAACAACACCCCCCCCCCCCCCACAAUGUAUUCUGUCCACCCACCAGUGUACAUGAGUGCACUACAGUCGAUCGGCAGGUUUUGUGUGGUGGGGUAAAGUGUGGGUACGUCCACCUUUUCCAGUAUGUCUGGUCAGUGAGGCAUAGUAGAACAUACUUCAAGUGGAGGCCCUUCUGCCAGCAAUGGCGUUAGCGGAUACUUGCAGGGCUGCACCUUUACCUCUUAAGGUGACAUUAGGCGUCCUUUCCAUAUAUCCGCCGUCCUCUCCUUAGGUCCGUCACAUGUGCCAAUCAGUAGAUUACAAAAAUUCCACUGAAAUGUAUUACGGGUUCUGAUAUUCGUAACCAGUUACCGAUUCCGAUAACGGUUCCCAGUUUACCGGUUACUGUUUGACAACCCUAGCACAUACACACAUGUAGGUCAGGCAUAUAAAUAUUCCCCCCCGGGUAUUGAAUGCAGGGUUGAGGUUUGAUUUAAGAAUAGAUUAUUGUUUGUCUCGUUUGUACCAUCUCGUUUGUAUUGUUUCUUGUUUUGUCUCAUUUCAUUAACCUGUAUGAAAAAUUAACAGAUAAUUUGCAUCGUAUUUUUAUAAUGAAUUCUCAUGAACUUGAGAAUGGAUUUUAAUUGGUGAAUCGCUAUGUGCCUAAUCUAUACUCCGUAUAUAUAUACACACACGCGUACAUACUCUAGCACAUAGCUAUAAUGUAUAUACAUACAAAUACCCGCACAUAGGUACACACAUUACACACUAGCAUGGCUGAAUAAUCCCUGCUCUGUUGUAUAAAUUAUAGGAUAGUGCCAUUAGUGAGCAUCUAUUUAGAGUGACAAUACUCGAGGAGGUGAAUGCAAAGCCACGUUUGUAUAUGCAUAGCUCAUACGUGCAGAAACAGCUAGUAGGAGUACUUAGGAUAAGUAGAGACACUAAUCAAUGUUCUUUACUAUCAAUGCUCCCCACCUACACCAACCCACAAUGACUUGCACGGUGAAGUAUGGUUAAACAACCCCCAUGCCCCGCACAGCGUGGUAAGGCACUCUUUCAUCAGUGGAUUGACACAAGGGCCGUCCGCGUUUACACACAUUUACAGUUUGUAAAGUUGAAAUGGGUCAAAUAUGGCGAUAUAUAACGUGGGUUUGGGAUUAAAGUAUAACUUUUUUAACGAGCGGAGUAUUCUAUGCAAAAGAAAGCUAAUUAAGUGUAGAAGUUUGUGGCCGGUGUUCGUAGGUCUAACGUAGAAGCUAACCAGGCCCAAAGAACCUGAUUCACAAACGACGCGACACAUCGACCCUUUUAAAUAACGCGCCAAUGGAAAUGGUUCAUGAAUAGGUGCAGAACUGUUCAGUAACACGACGGUAGAACACAUUGUUUUAUUCAAAAGUGAAAAUAUGUGCCUGCUUUAUUGUGGUAGUGCUCAUCCCCCGAUCACACCCAUGAACCAGCAAUGGAAAUUCCACAUUUUUAUGGCGGGGUAAGUCUACACAACAACCACUUUAAUUCCCCACAGAGUGAUGCUCAUUUUAUCAACCAUGGUGGGGUGGGUUCAUGGGCUAUCAACCCCCCAACCAACAUUUGGACUCAACUUCAAAUUGCGAUCUGCUCACUACCACUUGGCCAGAUUCUAUUGUGAUAUAUUAAGCAAUGUCGACAAACAAUUAGUUCAAUUAAUCGUUUAAACUUGGUACUAAAGCAAAACUGAGUAUCUGAGCACUGCUGUCAAGAUCGCUUCACCUGCAACACAGGACUUUGUAGAGACAGCGACCACAACCAUCGCAUUGACCACAGCAAUAAGAACGAUAAAGUACCAAGCAUGACUAAAGCAGCAGUACACAAUACGCUCAGCACUACCACAGUCGUCAUUACCGUUGAUGUUUUAAAGUACACUAAUAUAUGUAACAUGCAUGUACACUAUCUAGUUUUCAAGUGCACCUGAAGGCGGAGUGAGAUUUUGACAAUUAUAUUUGCGAAUGGUUUUUACAAAAACGUGUGUGCAGCAUUCAGUGGGAACGUGACGUUUGGCAUGUAUUGUUGGGAUAUGCUAAUCAUGUUUGCGAGAAGCUUUUAAAAAAUCAAUUUUCGUUUAAAAUCCGAAACGUUACGACCACGACGGUAUUGUCUGGCGAUGAUCACGUGGGGCCCUGUGCUCACGUGGGAAUACGCGUCUGGACGUCGCCGCGAGAUUGUGCGUCACGCCGAACAUGGUUAUAUUUUUAUACCCACGUACAGUACCCAUAUGCAAGUAUUUCUUAUCCCAUUUAUAACAUUUAAAAGUAACCACCACAAAGGGCGGGACUGUGCACAAUAUUAGUAUUUUUAUAUUGUCACCAUCGGAAUAGCGAUUGCGAGAUUGUUCCAUGUUUAACGUCGAUCGACCGGAAUGUUCAUUGUCGAAUUGUCCUCGUUGAUCAUCUGGACGCGUUGAGCCCAAUUUUUGUGCAAUGUGAAUGAGUCUGGUGGGGGCUGAAUGUUCUAUUACUUUGGCGGGAAGAAAAAAGUGGGGGGGGGGGGGGGCUAUUUACACCGUCCACCUCCCUUCUACCCUAAGUGUAGGGUGUAGCAACCAAUGUGUAUUAUUAAACUUCUCGAGACUGUA